AUGUGCCUCCACGCCAUCUCGAUGCGACCCUCGCAAUCAGCGGCGUGUUCGGGGUGGUGCCCGGCCACGGUGGCCCGCGCACGGAAGUCCGGCAUUGCGGCCGUCCGAGCAAAGUGUUGGGCCUGUAAUCCAAGCACGCGGCCAAGCAAGAUUGCCUGCAUCGAGCGACAUCUGACGUUGGGACGCUUGUGGCGCGGCUUGACGAAGCCCGUCGACGCUGCCAAGAAGUACCGCUGGAGGCAACAUCUCAGCAGCCCCCUCUCAGUCGACAAGGCAGCAGGAGCGGUCGUCGAAGAGCAAGCUCAAGCGCGGCGCCCGGCGGACGGCCAUCUCGCCCUCAGAGAGAGCAACCGAAUUGUCCCGGCCCACGUCCCGAGCGGCAGCCAAGUAGUCGCCGUCGCUCAGUUCAGCGCCACGAGCCAGAGGCGGCCACCCAACGCGCUCCUGAACCACACCACAGUCCGAAGCGAGAUCACGCGACAUACUCUGAGCCACAUCCGACGCCCAUCCAACAGAACCGUCCGCUGGCCAUCGACUAUCAACGCGGCGGUCUCUUCGCCUGCGCUAGAGCCAAUCGCCGCGGAACCCGAGCGGGAAAAGGCUGUGCCAGGGGUUGAGAUUUUGACGUCGGAGACUGCAAAACCUCUGCGAGAGAUGGGAGCCAUUGCAUCGGAGCGGGCAGCCCCCUCGCGUGAACCGGCGAGAGUAUACGCCCCCGUUGCCGUCAGGGUCCGCAGGGAACAUACCAGCCGAUCCAGUCGCUGCUGCCACUGUACCCCCAAGAAGAAGCUCGGGGCACCGCAGACGACCGAGAGCAGCCAGACCGCAGACAGCACGCUCGUGGUCCCUGAGUACCUGGACACUGUCGUCCUACUGGUGGAAAACUGCCGACAGAGCGUCGCCGUGCGCGUGCUGGACCCACCACCCCUGAGCCUCCCGCCUGCCGAGCCCCUCGCUCCCACCGACCGACCAACACCAGACGCCUCCACCGUUGGGGCUCAACACCAUCGCAAAGCUCGAGCCGAGACCUCGGCCAUCGGGCGCAAGCAAGUGGACCCGCGCGACCCGGCCACAUGCACCAAGCAGGGCACCCCCGUCUGA